AUGGAGCUUGCUCGACUACUUCGAAUUGCAUCUCCGCACUUUCCUAUGAAGAGUUUCACUAGUAUGCGGAUUCAUUUCUUCCUCCCAUAUUCCCAUCUCGUCUUCUCCGCAUGGCCGGGAAUUCUUCGCAACGUCCAGUCCACGACACAAGACUCGCGUUCGACCAUGUGGCAGCGACCAAAAUCCUACGACGACCCUUUCAUGACCCCUCCCGCUCCAAGUCCAACACCACCACCAACCGACCGCUUCAGAUGGGCCCGGCCUCGCAGACUGUCUCUGUUCCGAUUCAGACACUACAAGAUCAUCAUCGCGUUGGUCCUCAUCAGCAUUCUCGGCUUCAUACGCCGCUUACCCACAACCACGUACAAGAUAUCUAGGGCAAACACACCCAUCGAAGUCUACAACAGCACCACCAUCCCCUACGCCGCCUUCCAACCUCCCGAAUCUGGCCCAUACCGUGCCCCCGACAUCCAAGAUACCUUCCAGUCCUACAAGUUCCGAAAUACCUGCAAUGUCUCGUCGCUCGACCUGCAUACUCCAUUCAGCCCCCUCUGCCAGGAUCAGGAGUCGAUGCUGACGGCUAUGUCUGGUGGUGGAAGGAUUGGACACGAUGCGCCGUAUAUGCCAAGGGGUUGCGAUAUGAGGUGGUUUACGACGGAGGAGAUUUGUCAGAUAUUGGGUCGGUUCGAUAAAGUUGUCUUGGUGGGCGAUUCGAUGCUGAGGCAUAUCAUUGGGAGCUUGAAUAUCUUGAUACGGAAGGAUCUGGGGUAUGGUGCUGUUACGGAUUGGAAUUUCUCGUUGCAGGAAAGGAGGGAAUGUUUCUGCAACGAGCAAUUCGAUGUCAAAGCUUGUUCUGUACAGGGAAUAUACAAAACGGCGGAUGUGAUGGCACAUGACCCUGAGAGUGUUGCUUGUACCAAUCCCAUCAAUGUCAUCAUGGAGGAAAUCGUCAAGUACCCUGUUCCCGAGGAUGAGAUCGAUCGUCUUCAAGAGGCUAUCACACGGCAGAGGAAGAAACCAAUCGCCUUCAUAUUUGGACAUGGACUCUGGAGCAACCUCGAUCUACAAAGCUCGAUUAAUUGGUUGGAUGCUGUGCUGAGUGGCAUUCGUGAUGUCUUGGGGAAGGAUUGGACAGGACUAUUCGUCACACCAAGCGCUGCUGGGAAAGAAAAGCCGGAUGACUGGAUUGUGACUCAAGGGAACAAAGCGUUGAUGCUCUACGAAGAAGCUAUGGGUGUUCUCGCAAAAGAGCGCGGUAUUACUCACCUGGGCACAUGGAAUAUGAGUAUCCAGAGUAACAAGUACGAUGGAGUUCACCUAGAUAUGCGGGGAAAUCUGGUAAAGGCAAUGAUGGUUCUGAACUGGCUGAGCUUGGUGGAACAGGAGUAG